AUGCUAAUAUCACAUUACGAAAAGACACCCUUGAUCCGCCAAGUUUUUGACAAUGGCAAAACUAACCCGUUGUUUUAUAUCAAGCAUGACAUGCUACAACCAGGUGGAAGUUUCAAAUCGAGAGGAAUUGGGCACUUAAUAAGGAAAAAAAAUAAAGAAGCACUGGCAGAAGGUUCUGGAAAGCUUGUCGUGUUCUCUAGCUCUGGGGGUAAUGCUGGUCUGGCAGCAGCCACUAGUUGCAGAUUAAUGGCGCUUAAUUGCACUGUAGUGGUCCCUAAAACAACAAAAUCGAGAAUGGUAAAAAAAAUCCAGAGCGCUGGAGCUAAGGUCAUUAUUCAUGGCGAUCACUGGGGGGAAGCAGAUGAAUACCUGAAGCAAGAAGUAAUGGCCCAAGAAGGCCAGCAUGGUUCGAAGACGCUAUAUGUGCACCCAUUUGAUGAUGAGAUAAUUUGGGAAGGCCACUCUACCAUUGUAGAUGAAAUUUUACAACAACUACAGGAAAAAGAUAUAUCUCCACUUCAGGUAAAAGGUCUAGUAUGUAGUGUUGGCGGUGGUGGACUGUUCAGUGGCAUAAUCAAAGGUCUCGAAAGAAAUAGGCUUGCCGGAAAAAUUCCGAUAGUCGCUGUGGAAACUGCUGGUUGUGAUGUCUUAAACAAAUCUCUCAAAAAUGGUAGUCCUGUUGCCCUUGAGAGACUGACGAGUGUUGCGACCUCAUUAGGUUCACCAUAUAUAGCACCGUUCGCGUUUGAAAGUUUUAUCACUUAUGGGUGUAAGUCUGUAGUUUUAUCUGACCAAGAUGUACUAGAUACGUGCUUGAGAUAUGCAGAUGAUUACAAUUUUAUCGUGGAACCAGCCUGUGGAGCAUCCUUGCAUCUGUGCUAUCACCCAGAAAUUCUGGAAAAAGCUCUGGGACAAAAGCUUUCUGAGGACGAUGUUGUUAUCAUAAUUGCAUGUGGUGGAUCGUGUAUGACGUAUGAGGAUUUGGUGAAAGCGUCAAAGACAUUAGGGGUAUUAUGA